AUGUUCCGAUUUAUUAUCACUCCUCUUCUUGCUAUUGGUGUUGCUAGUGCCUGGGAGUCCCCUAUUUAUCCUGGCUACACAAAGGUCUGGCAGGAUACUUUCUCUGGUUCAUUUGGCAUGCAGCCUAACCUGAGCGACUGGGACAUCGUCACCGGCGAUCUAGGUGUCAAUAAUGAACUCCAGGUCUACACUAGCUCAAGUGCAAAUAUCCAGGUCAGCGGGGGUGAGACCCUGCAGCUAGUACCGUGGAAAGAUUCCUCCCAGUUGAAAGGAUGGACAUCGGGCCGCAUUGAGAGCCGGUAUAACCUCACGCCUGCUAAUGGCAAGAUUACUCGUAUUGAGGCCUUCAUUAUGUUUGGUGAAAACUUACCAGUCAAUAAGCAAGGUAUGUGGCCUGCCUUUUGGAUGCUGGGGAACAGCAUCCGUUGGGGGGUGAGCUGGCCUCAGUGUGGAGAGAUUGAUGUCAUGGAAGCCAUUAAUGGUAUCCUGACUGGCCAUGGUACUGUCCACUGCGACACUUGCUCUGGGGGAAUCACUGGUACCACAAAGAUUCCAGAUCAAGCUUGGCACCUUUGGCGUGUGGAGAUUGAUAGACGUGAGCCAAACUACCAGCAUGAAGCCAUUAUAUGGUAUUUAGAUGAAAAUCAGUUCCACAAGGUCACUGGUUCUCACCUUGGGAGCCCUGAUGCCUGGGCAGCUCUCACUCAAAGCCCUCUAUUCAUCAUCUUUAAUGUCGCUGUUGGGGGAGACUGGCCGGGAUACCCAAAGAGUAACACUUUGGAUGGUUAUGGCUCCCGCAUGGAAGUUGCCUACGUGGCGCAUUAUACGUCUAUUUAA